AUGGCUCCAACAACCCAAUAUCGAGCCUCGACGUCGGCUGCGGAUAUCCCUCUUGCUGACCUCGAAGCUGGCCCUCGAGCGAUCCCUCACUCCAAUGACACCUCCCGCUGGAACGGCUUCUCCCAAUUCCACCCGUCCAACAUCCUCGCGAACCCCAAUGGGCUGGCACCAAAGGUUCCGCAGGAGAAUUGGCUGGCCUACGCCGAAGACCUAGGGCAUAGAUUGACGGUCGCAUUGACCCCAAGCUUCCUACAACAAUAUGUUGGUGGCGGCGUACCCCAACCCACAAAGCUGCACGCUAUCGCGGCACUCGAUGGGCUGCGCGGCUGGGCCUGUCUGCUUGUCUUUAAUUUCCACUUCCUCUUCACAUACACCUGGAAGGUAGCGGUCGGGUGGGGUUUUGCAGGAAAGAAUUUCGGAAUCCACCAGCUACCUUUCUUGCACAUGUUGAUCUCGGGCCACAUCAUGGUGGCAAUUUUCUUCGUCAUCUCCGGCUAUGUGCUCUCCUACAAGCCGUUGAAAACUAUCCGGUCCCGGUCGUUCGAGGAGACCUUUACCGUCUUGGCUUCGUCAACCUUCCGACGAGCACUGCGCCUCUAUAUCCCUUCCAUCGUCGGCCUCGCAUGUGUCUUUGUGGCUGUCCGGCUUGGUCUGUACAACUACUCGUGGGGGGUUAUCAAAGAGGGCCAUACCAUCGUUGGCACAAAUGAACAACACCCGCCCAUAUACCGGUCCUUCACCAAGCAGUUUUGGGACUUUUAUAACACCAUUACCCACCUGCUGAACCCUUUCGAUUGGGGUCUCUACUACAACAACUACAAUCCACACCUAUGGACCAUCCCCGUAGAGUUUCGAUGUUCGCUCGUCCUGUUCAUCACCACCCUUGCCACCUCCCGCCUGAUGUCGGUAAUUCGGAUGCCUCUCGUGGCAGGCCUUAUUUGGUUUUGCAUGCGCCAUGGUCGAUGGGAUGUCGUUCUGUUCCUGUGCGGCAUGCUGAUGGCCGAGAUCGACCUCAUCAACGGAACGUGGGAGCGACCCGCGAACUCUGCAGCAGCAAGGGACGAUAGAACGCACAUUCGUUUCCGUCCCGGCGGCAAGAUCAUGGCCACCGUUUCCCGUCGGCGCCUAUGGAUUGCCAUCUUCGUGCUGGGAUUGUACAUCGGAUCAACCCCAAAUCUCGGAUUCAAGUGGACCCCCGGUUACAUGUGGCUCUGGAACAUCACCCCAAGGACAUAUCCCGAGCCACAUCGAUUCCCACAGACCAUCGGUGCAACCUUGAUCGUUUUUAGCAUCAAUCACUCCCCCGACAUCCAGAAACUCUUCACCAAUCCGUUGUCUCAGUAUCUGGGCAAUAUCUCAUUCGCCUUUUACAUCGUCCACGGUCCUAUUCUGCACUCCCUGGGUUACUCAAUCAUGCCUAGUAUCUGGGCUCUGACCGGGAGGGAGACUGAUUUCCAGUACUGUCUUGGCUUCUUCAUUGGCUGGUCUAUCUGUCUGCCCAUCUCUAUCUGGGCAGGUGAUGUCUUCUGGCGCGCAAUUGAUGUGCCUAGUGUGAAGUUUGCCCGCUGGAUUGAGAGUCAAGUUAUCGCGAAAGGGUCGCCUGCGGUUGGGACGCCGAGUUUGUCAACCCCCAGAGCACAGACUCCACGGAACCAGUGA